UCUAAUGUUUUUAAGACCAGAGCCAGAUUUUUAUCUCAAUGAGAGUCUCAGCCUUGAGAAGACUUCGCAUCACUCUCAUGUUGAGCUCAAGAUCAGGACAUGCUUUUCCUUCACCAAGGCCGAAUACAUCUUUUCGAAGACUGUGGCCUCAGCGUUUUUUUUACAUUGAUACACUGACUAUAUAAACCCCCUUAAGUUCACCACACAAGUCACAUCCUCAUCUCUCUCUCUCAUCUACCAGUCCAUUUGGUUCCUCUCUCCUCCGACCAGCUGAGGAGCAAAAACAACCAUACGAUGUCUGCUGUGAAGUGUCUGGUGUCUCUGAUGGUGGUGCUGGUGGCUGCAGUGUGUGUGGUUCAUGCACAGGAGAGGAUUAAGAUGUGUGGGAGAGAGCUGAUACGUCUGGCCGUCUCGUCCUGCGGUAACUCUCGGCUGAGGAGAAGCAUCCCGGACGUGGAACUGGGGCAGUACACCUCUCACUGGGACCAGGACGCCUCCACAGAGGAGCACCAGGCUAUGGAGAUGGUCCACGUCCCUCAAGAGGAUGUUGUAUCGCUGGCUCCUCACUGGUACCCCUUGUCCUCCCGGAUGAGACGUGCUGCUGGGAAAAUAUCUGAUAUUUGUUGUCAGGAAGGAUGCAGCAUGAAAGAGUUGAUCCAGUUUUGCUAGAUGCAUCUCCCUUCUUGUCAUGCAGCAAAAAUGUGGUCUGCGCUGGGAAGUUGCUUAAAGGGAGCUUUUCCAUGUUGCCUUAUCCUUGAUGUAGUAUUCUGGCCAAAACUACACAUAUUCAGUUAUAGAAACUUGAUCUUAUUAGAUAAAUUAUUUACUGUCAU